AUGCCUUCUCCACGUCGACAUCUGUCAGUCGAUGAGUUGAGCCACAGGGCAAGCACAGGCCUAGCCAUCCGACGAGGCGAUGUUAAGAUAUCAGAACCAAUACCAUCCACCUACAGACACAACGGCGCAGAAAUGGACGGUGAUUUCAGACAUUCACACCUGACUCCAGCGUUUGAGGACACUCGAUCAGGCAAGAGCAGUGAUGGUCCUAUGAGUGGAAGGAGCGAUGCUCUAGCUCAGCCUAUGCAUGUUUCUAGCUUGGUAGCACGCACGUCUGCUGGACCAUCUCUAGCACCCAGCAAUAUGUCUUCUACACCCUCAAAAGAGACGAGACCGCAACGGCGGAAUACAGGUAUGAGGGCGACCAUUAAGCGUAUAUUUAGCAACAAGACAGAUAAGCACUCUCUCUCUCAGAAGGGAGCUGGUAUAGAAAAUGAUCUGGGCAGGAUACUCUCAAUGACUGGCCCCCAGCCUGAUGUAUUGUCACAGUCUGCGACUACGAACCGUAACAAAGUCUCACCGAACACAGCCCUCCACUCUCAUGCUUGCUCGCCUCAUCUUCGAGUAGAGUCAGCUGACGUCGGACGAUUCGAGCCUACCAUCAGUCAGUUAGGACCACGGCGAAACACAGUACCGAGUUUGAUGCUUGUGACGGUCGACGAACCUACACAAUCAAGCUGCAAUGCACAAGAAACACGAGCUAGUCCUCGGACGCCUUCCACUGCUGUAGAGCGACAAUUGUCUCCGCUCGUGCACGCUAAUCGACGCUCACGUAGCGCCGACGACCUGGCAAACGUUUUACAGAAGCAGUCGAACAACGCCCGUCUGAGGGACCGAGCAGAAGAGAUUGCCUUCUGGCGCAAUAGUAUCGUCAUCGAGCCUUUACCUAGUCUGCCUUUGCCAGCUCAAACGACGCCUCAGCAGGUUGCAGAAGUACCAGAAACCCAAAAAGUUCCGACAGCGACAAGGCCAUCAUUUGAGCCAAUACAACAUUUUGAUUUCGGCUUAGAGCAGUCUAAUACUCUGCUGGAAAGAGUCAACACGCUCGAGGUCAAAUUGCAUGAUUUUGAGUUCGCUUUGUGCAAGCUUCAGGGAACCGACAUCAACCAACCUGAUGAGCCAAAGCAGAUAUCACCACCAAGGCUAAUGACGCAAUCCUUUAUGCACUCUGUAGAUACGUCCAAUCAGUCGUAUUCCCCGUGCCCUUCUGAGCAGUGGCAACGACGCUCCCCGAAGCAAGGUCACAAGAUAGACAGGGCUAGCAAGGUCACAACUAUCAAAAUUGAACAUCAGCGAAGACUCUCUAACAGAUCGGAAACCUCGACACCUUCUUCUAUCAGGCUGACACAAGACCAGUACGACACACUUUGCGCCAUGGUACAGGAUGAAAAGAUUGCUCGACAGACGUUGGAAGACCAGGUCACGAACCUUCAGAAAGAGGUCGACAUGCUAAGAUCACCAGUCUAUGCCUAUGUUAAUUAUCCCACUCCAAGCCCUGACGAUUCCUUUCAGGACAUGAAUUACGUCUCAACGCCGCGCGUGCUUCGACGCUCCCCACCUCUACAGCCUCGACGCAAUCUGAAUGAGACCUCCCGAUUUAGCAUGACAGAGACCGAUACAGAUACUGAGGUUGGGGACCACUAUCCCGAGGUCUACGAAACUCCUCAAGCGAACAAUUUUGCAUUCCAAUCGAGCAGGUUUCCACAAUCUGACAUGAUAUGA